UUGCCUACUUGCUAGUUGUAUGACGUUUGACGUGACGGAUGUGUAAUACAAUAGAUUGCGCAUAAAAGUAAAUUAUAAAUAUUUCCAUGUUUUACCCUUAAUAACCAAGAAAGUAUGGCUAAAACAAAAGUAACCGGCGCCACUAGCAGGCUAAAGCAAGACUACUUGCGGCUUAAAAACGACCCAGUGCCUUACGUUACUGCGGAGCCUGUGCCGUCAAAUAUUCUGGAGUGGCAUUAUGUGGUACGGGGACCCGAGAAAAGUCCAUACGAAGGUGGUUACUACCAUGGGAAAAUCAUAUUUCCCCGGGAGUUUCCGUUUAAACCGCCGUCGAUCUACAUGAUCACGCCCAACGGCCGCUUCCGAACCAACACACGUCUGUGCCUCAGCAUCACGGAUUUCCACCCCGACACUUGGAACCCGGCGUGGUCUAUCUCGACCAUCCUAACGGGCUUGCUAAGUUUCAUGCUAGAAAAAACACCUACCUGGGGUUCCAUAGAAACAUCAGAUUAUCAGAAACGGUGCAUGGCAGCUGAAUCUCUGGAAAUUAAUAUAAAAAAUAAGAUGUUCUGUGAACUAUUCCCCGAAUUUGUGGAGGAAAUUGAACAACAGUUGAAGGAGAGACAGGAAGCUAUGUUGCAAGCAGAGGAGGUUCCAGGUAGUGAAAGUGAAGUGAUGACAGAGCAACAGUCCAACAUGUACUAUAUUAUGACUAAUUUGUUUGUUCUUGUGGGUUUCAUCUUCCUCGCAUAUAUGGUGAAAUACGUCCUAGUCUCUAUAUCCAAUGACUAGACAAUUAAAUAUUGCUAAAUUUUAAUGUAAAUAUUGUAAUUUAUUUUGUAUAUAGGUACUUAUUCCACUGAAAGUGUACAAUGAAUUUCUUUGCAUCUGCACAUUCAUAUUCUGUUCAGUGCUCCAUGUAUUCUAUCUCACUGUUGUAAUCAAUUUGGCUGUUAGCUGUUGCUAAUCUAAUAGUGUGUAUUACUUUUGUUCCUUGUCUUUUUCGUUCAGCAACUACCUAUUCUUAACUUUCUAAUUUACUGUUAGACCUCUAAGCUAGCAUAAUAUAUGUUACGUAUUUAUUAAUUGCUUUCAUAGUAUUCUAGAUAGAUGCAACCAUGAACACAGUUGCACAAACAUGAAUUAAAUUUUAAUGCAUCCUUGCAUUGCAUAUGGUUUGAUGAUUUCAUGGUCUUAAUUAUUUGUGCAAGUGUGUAACUAUGAUUAUCUAUAAGAUAAUUUCAUUAGUAUCGAAAUUGCAUUUACUAUUCUAUCAGAUCUUUUACAAAGUAUUUUCUGUAGAGGUUUGCAGUACCUUCACUGCCAGCAGCCUCUUGUGUUUGAAGCUGGUUUAGACAAUGCCAUUUUCAUGCGCAACCUGUAUUGUAUUUAUUACCGCCACAAAUGUUUACUUGGGAUAGUUGGUAUCUAAUACCAUGCCAGUGUCAGCAUGGAAGAGUGACUGAUAUUGUAAAAAUUAGCUAAAUACAUUGUGGGUUGAAGGCCAGUGAAAUCUUGCAGACGAAAGUGUGGAAAUGAUUUAAGUACAGUCGGCAUCAGAUAUAUCGCCUAGGUGCUCAAAAUAUCUGAACAUGCACUCUAGUGCGUCGACAAUAGAGGCGUGUUUCGAUAUUUGCGAACACCUUGGCUGCUCGGAUAUAUCUGAUGACGACUGUACCGGUGAUGAAAGCACAUUGUGUGCACUGCACUGUUUUGCAUAUAAUUUGGCAAAUGCAAUUUGCAAUCCAUACUUUUGCCCAGGAAACAAGACUUAUUUGUGAUAAGUUCCCGAUUGGCCGGAUUCCUAUUUUGUCGGAAUCUCGUUUAGUCCGAUUGUGACAUACCUACUUAAGUAAAUCUGGUGAAUCAGGAACUAAUCUUAUUUAUUUGAUCAUGAUGAAUGGAGAAACGGUUAUGUGUUGGGUAAUUAGCUUGUUAAAUAACAAUUUAACUAGUAACAAUGAAUCAAUACAACAAAUGUAUAAUUUUCAGCUGAAAAUUUGUAGAUAAUAUUGUUUAAUAAAGCAUUGAGUAAAAUGUUGAUAUUUUUCUAUUUUAA